CAGUAUAUAUAUUUAUCAUGUCAUGUUAGUUUUCAGAGGUGAUAACUAGAGUCAAGAUGAGAGUACUUGAGGUGUUUCUCUUGGCAGUGCUGGGCUGCAGUCUGGCUGGAGGGAGACUUGUGUCCAAAUGUGAACUGAAGGCAACUGAUGACGGCAUUUGGUAAACUGAUGGUGAAGGCUGAAAAAGGACAGAGUGUGGAGAACUUGGUGGCCAAGAUCGUCUGUCAUGUGGAGCUGACGUCGGACUUUAACACCAGUGCGGUGAAUCAGCUGACUCCUGGGAUGGAUGACCAUCACAGCAGGGAGAAAAGGGAAGCAGGCUACAGGGGAAUGUCUGGCAAGGCCGAGCGUGAGGACGACUCUGAAGAGCAGGAACGGGAAGACAAGCGGCGUCCAUCAAAAACCAGGCCCACACCAGCCACCCGUCCUACACCAUCUACCCAUGCUACCACACCCACUUAUCCUACACCAUCCACCAAUAAAACAAAUUCCACCCUUCCAACUACACCCAUUCUUCCCACACUAACAACCAACCUUCCAACCAAAUUGAACCAGUCAACCACAAUCCUGUCCAGGAAGCGACGGGAAGUCAGACAUCCUCCAUCAAACACCCACCCCACACUGCCCACUCACCCCAUGCAAUCCAACCAUACCGAACCCUCUGCCCGCCCCACACCACUCACCCCUCCUAAAAACUCCAACCACCCCACACCACCCACUCGCCCUCCACACCUGGUUAAGCCUAACGACCCCUUAAACACAAUCCGACCCCACGCCAGGGAAAGACGGGAUAUCAGGCAACCUCUAUCAAAUACCCGGCCUACACCACCCACCCAUCCCACACCAUUCAACCACCCUCAACAUCUGGACGAGGAGGUCUGGACCCUCUAUGGUCUUUUCCAGCUCAGCAAUCACCUGGUCUGCAACGACACGACUCUCUCACCCAACAUCUGUGAGAUGGACUGCAACAACUUGCUUGAUGACGACAUAAGUGAUGACAUCAGCUGCUUAAUGAGGACCUUAAACCAGCUGAUUGCAAAAAGUUCCGUUCCCCCCCAGUGGAAGGAGUUGAGCAAAAUGAUCAGGCUCAUCUUCCAGCAAGAGUGCAGUGAUCAGGAUGCCUCUGAGUACUUUGCUGAAUGCGCCUAACCUAAAUACAUUCAGUGCCUUAACUACCACUGGAAGGAUUAACCACCACUCAAAUGAGUGGCCAGUGAUUUAUGACAAUAAUAAAG